AGAGCGGCAGCGGAGCGCGGGUGGCGGCGCGCCGGGGAGCCCCGUACGGCGGCCCCACAGCCGCGGGCGGCGCCGCUUCGCCGCUCGGGGGGCGCCCGGUCCCAGCGCCCCGCACCGCGGCCGCCGCCGCCGAGAGAUGGCGGAUUCCUAUGCCUGUAAAGGUGGAAGGAAGACUGCAGGUUCCACCAAGCCCAGCAAAGACAGCAGGGCAGAGGCGAGGCUGAACCCGCCAGCAGAGCUCCCCAGGCUGGGAAAUGCAACCAGUGACAAAACCGAGGGCAAGAAGAAAGGACGACCCAAGGCCGAGAACCAGGCACUGAAAGACAUCCCUCUCCCACUGAUGAACCAGUGGAAGGAUGAAUUCAAAGCCCACUCCAGGGUGAAAUGCCCCAAUUCAGGCUGCUGGCUGGAGUUCCCCAGCAUUUAUGGCUUGAAGUACCACUAUCAGCGCUGCCAAGGGGGCGCCAUCUCGGAGAAGCUGACGUACUCAUGCUCGUACUGCGAAGCUGCCUUCAGUUCCAAAACCCAGCUGGAAAAACAUCGUCUCUGGAAUCACUUGGACCGACCAGUGCCAGCCAGCAAAACAGAAAACAAAGUGCAGAAGGCCAUUGGGAAGAGCAGCGGCAAGAAAAGAGCUGCUGAGAGUUCAGCUUGCCCCACCAUCCAUCCCAAACAGGCAAAGACGGAAAAAGCCUUGUCCCAGGAUCAUGCUGAGAAUGGUGAAUGCCCGGCGGAGAGCCGGGAGAGCAAGGAGUUUCAGAUCGCCGCAGCCGAGGCAAUUGCAGCUGCCACCCCCACGGCAAAGUCCUCGAGUGGCAAGGAUGGUGGGCAGCAGGGGGGCAGCCAGGCCUCACUGCAGGAGGAAGACCCCGAGAGGAUGAAGCACAGAAGGAAACAGAAAACUCCUAAGAAGUUUACGGGGGAGCAGCCGUCCAUCUCGGGAACAUUUGGACUAAAAGGUCUUGUCAAAGCAGAGGACAAGGCGAAAGCACAUCGAGCCAAGAAGCUGGAGGGGAGCACCAACAUGGAGGAGCUGAAAAAGAAACCUCCAGGAGCUGGUGUGAAGAAGGAAGCAGCUGUGCACCUACCAGCAGCAAAUCCCGAGGACCAGUGGCAGCGGGAGAUCAGUGAGAAGGGAGAAGUUGCCUGUCCAACCUGCAGCGUUAUAACCAGGAAAACCGUCGUUGGGCUCAAAAAACAUAUGGAUGUGUGCCAGAAACUGCAGGAUGCCUUGAAGUGUCAACACUGCAAAAAGCAGUUCAAGUCCAAAGCUGGGCUGAAUUACCACACCAUGGCUGAACACGUCAGCAAGCCUGUUCCUGUGGAAACCGCUGCCCUUGGUGAACAGGAAGAGCGGGAAAGGCUGAGGAAAGUGCUAAAGCAGAUGGGAAAACUGAAAUGCCCCAAUGAGGGCUGUGCAGCCAACUUCUCCAGCCUGAUGGGCUACCAGUACCACCAGAAGCGCUGUGGGAAGCAGCUCGCCGAGGCUGAUAAACCUGUCUUCAGCUGCCCACACUGCGGGAAGAAGUACAAAUCCAAGGCUGGCCACGAUUACCAUGUACGGUCAGAACACCCGGCCUCGGUGAGCCCUCCGGACACCUCCACCACCCAAGAAGUGGGGCCAUCCCUCCCUGGGGGUGACUGCAGAGCUGCAGAGCCUGUGGGCAGGAGCGAGCCGGGCAGAGCCGGGCCAGGCAAGCCGCCAGAGGAGCCAGAGGUGAAGCCAGAGCCCACCCCCGUAGAGGAUUUUGAAAGGACCCCGAGCGGCCGCAUCCGUCGCACAUCGGCUCAAGUGGCCGUCUUCCACCUUCAGGAGAUAGCAGAGGAUGAGCUCGCCAGGGACUGGACCAAGAGGAGGAUGAAGGACGACCUGGUACCCGAAACUAAGCGGCUCAACUACACCCGGCCGGGGCUUCCAAAGCUGAAUCCAAGGCUGCUGGAAAGUUGGAAGAAUGAAGUGAAGGAGAAGGGCCACAUCAACUGUCCCAACAAUUGCUGUGAAGCCAUUUACUCCAGCGUCUCGGGGUUGAAAGCUCACCUGGCCAACUGCAACAAGGGGGAGCACUCGGUGGGCAAAUACCGCUGCCUGCUGUGCCAGAAGGAGUUCAGCUCUGAGAGUGGGGUCAAGUACCACAUCAUCAAGGCUCACUCGGAGAACUGGUUCCGAACCUCUUCAGAAACCACCCGGAAAAAGAAAAACAGGGAACAGCUUUCAUCCAGCAAGGAGGAGAAAAAAAAAAGCACAAACGGGAAGAAAAGAGGGAGAAAACCCAAGGAGAGGCCUCUGGAAACGUCCCUGAAGAGCAAAGAGAGCGUGACAGCAAAGACUAAUCACAAGAAAAGCCCUGAGCACUGGGAGGGCUCCCGAUGCAGCUCCGAUGGGGAUGAGCGUGGCCCCAAAGCCCCCAACCAGCGCAAGGGGGGAGGCAGCAAAGUGCCCGAGAAGUGAGCGCUCAGAGACUCUCUGCGAGGAUUCGUUUACAGCCCAGGGUAACAGGGUGGGGGUCGCUCCCGGUUUUCCAUCCUCCCCCUCUCCUCCCUUCCAUUCCCACACCCUUCUCUCAGCCCCCCCCCCCCUUUUCUUUUUUUUUUUUACAAAAAGAAAAAAAAAAAGACAAAAAAAAAAAUCAACACCAAAAGACAGAAAAUACCAAUUAACCACUUUAAGGAAAUCAUGGACCUUGUUUCACACUGGAAAACAAACAGGAUCGAGCAAGCUGGACCACUCUCACCCCCUGUGCCCCUGUACAUAGCCCUGCGGCUGUGCCCCUGCCCGGGGGGGCCCUGCUGACGUCCCCUCCCGACGUGAUUUCCCUUCCACCUCUGUGUGCAAAACUGGUGAUGCUUGAGCGAAAGAAAAGUGCAAUAGCAGCAGAGCCGCAUUGGACCCCCGCCUGCUCUUGGACCCCCAUGGCUGCAGCCUCCCACGACGGUGUUCCCAAUGAUGCUCGUCCCGCGCAUCGCCCUGGAGAGGUGGGAAGGGGCCGGGGACAGCAGGGCCUGGCAGCAGAUAUUGGGUGGCACUUUUUGCUGCAGCACUGAGCUGCGUGGGGCCGUGCAUCAGCAGGGACGUGCUGUGAGGUGUGUGCGGUGCAGGGCUUUUGUGGUGGCACGGGGAGGGGAUGGCGCCCGGGUGCUGGAGUUGAUGGGAGGGGGGGUUGCUGCAGGAUGGGUCCGGUUUGUGGGUUUAACUGGAAGUUGCAGAACGAUGUGAGCGUGGUGAGGGUGAGGGAUGGAAGGGUGUGCGGUGGGACAGAGCAGUGCCCGAGGGCACUUUGGGGGUCCUCGUCCUGUGCCCAUCCCAAAGAUGCUGAUUUGGGAUGGGGGGGGGGAGCGGGUGUUUGGUCACCCGGCUCCUGUGCUCAGCUGUGGGCAGUGUGCAAUGGGAUCAGCAUCAAGCGACAAUCAUGGCUCCUGCUUUCGGGUGAGUCCCAAUGCUGGGCACGUUGCAAGCCGAGCCUUGGGGACAGGGUCAGUGCAGGGCAUCGUGCCGUCCUUGCUUUGUUCUGUGUCCGUAUUCCCACGCUGGUGUCACUGUGACACCUCUGGCGUGGAGGAAGCGCCCCGGACCGAGACGUGGCUGUGCAGACAACCAGGCUACCUCUGUCCUCAGGUUGUGGGUGCGUCUCGCUGUGCUUUUCUCUCGGUAACGGAGCAGAAAACCUUACUUCUGGUUUUCCUGCGUUCUCCCCCAUGUCGGGGCUCAGGAAGGCGACCUUUGAGGGAGGAGAGGUUCUGCUUUUGCUUUUGUUCGAUUGAAAUCUCCACCCUCGGUUUCCUUCGCUGCUCUUCACAGCCCAUCUCGGCACCAUCCCCUGCUUGGGAACGCUCACAUCCCUCCCCACCAAUGCGUCGCUGCAGAUGGGGACAGCAGCAGAAAAGGGAUGAAGGGCAGAGCUGAGCAAAAAGGGGGGGAGGUGAGCAGGGACGGCGUCCUGCGCUGCAGGGUGCUCUGAUAGAGGGGAGCUGGGGACGGGUCGGGGUAUGGGGACGAUGCUCCCGGCACCGGGCUGUGCUCAGCCUGCAGCUGGCUGGGAGCGCCUCUGAGCCCCGUGUGAAAAUGCAUCCCUGGGGAGAGGGAACAUAUUUUAUGAGGAAUUGAACUCCGCGGGGUCGGGAUUUUUUUCCCUUAGAAGGCAUUAUGUGAUCAUAGAAGCGCGGGGAGGUUCUCCUCCCCAAGCAGUGAUGGGCAGGGCCGGGUUUGGGGGCAGCCCCAUGGACCCACUGCUGGUACCGGGAGCUUUGGGGCAGAGCGAGCACACGUCCCUCGUGCCCAGCUCUGCCCCAGCACCAUCCCGGCAGUGCAGAGAAACGUUUUGCUUCGCCUUGCUUUGCUCUGGGCACCUUGAUUCCCUAUUCCAAAGCAGUGCCGGGAGCAGCAGCGCUGGGUUGGUGCUGGUUGGGUUGGGUGCUGGUUGGGUUGGGUGCUCCGGAGCAGCACCGGCAGCGGGGGCUGAGAUCGGUGUGAUGCGGUGAGCUCAGCAUCUCCUUAUCCCCUUCCCGCUGGGAUCCCCUGCCCUGGGCACCACAGCCCCACAUCCUACACAUGCAGCAC